GCACGAGAACGUCAGCGGCUUCUAUCGGGUGUCCGUCUACUUUAUCGUCAAAGUUCUCUUCGACAUAAUCCCCCUACGGACGAUACCAGUUGUCAUCAUGUCCUGCAUCGUCUACUUCUCCACAGGUCUCAAUCCAGGAGCCCAACACUUCUUGCUGUUCAUGCUGACCUUGCUGUGUACGACCUUGGCCGGAGCCGCCCUGUGUUUCCUGGCAAGUGCCAUGGUUCGAGAGUUCGCCAUGGCGCAGAUCAUCCUGGCCCUAGUCUGUAUUUUAAUGAUGCUGUUCGGUGGCUUCCUCAUCAGCUUCGACUCCAUCGGUCCUUGGCUCCACUGGGCCCAACAUUUCAGCUUCUUCAAGUACGCCCUUUCGGCGCUCUACAUCAACGAGUUCAAGGACAGGCAGUUCUGCGACAGUAACAGAACAUACUGCGUCACGGGAGAUCAUUUUUUGCAGGACCAACAAAUCCAUUUCCGGGAAGAUUGGGACUUCUGGCAGAAUCACGUGGCUCUCCUCGUCUACGCUUGUGGACUGUUGACCUUGGCCUAUAUCCAGCUACGAUACAUGAAGAAAACUCCAUAG